GUUAUCGGUACUGUAAAAACAAGCCGUACCCAAAAUCCCGUUUCUGUCGUGGUGUCCCAGACCCCAAGAUCAGAAUUUUUGAUUUAGGAAAAAAGAAAGCCAGCGUUGAAGACUUUCCACUUUGCGUUCAUCUGGUGUCAGAUGAGUAUGAACAGCUGAGCUCCGAAGCUUUAGAAGCCGGACGGAUUUGCUGUAACAAGUACAUGGUGAAGAAUGCUGGCAAAGAUCAGUUUCAUAUUCGUAUGAGACUACAUCCGUUCCAUGUCAUCAGAAUCAACAAAAUGUUGUCAUGCGCUGGAGCUGAUAGGCUCCAAACCGGUAUGAGAGGUGCUUUUGGCAAGCCCCAAGGAACAGUAGCUCGUGUAAACAUUGGCCAGCCAAUCAUGAGCGUCCGUUCAUCUGACCGUCACAAGGCAUCAGUUAUUGAAGCUCUCCGUCGUGCCAAGUUCAAGUUCCCAGGACGUCAAAAGAUCUACGUCUCCAAAAAAUGGGGAUUCACCAAGUACGAGCGUGCUGAGUACGAAGAGCUGAAAAACGCUGGCCGUCUUGCCCCAGACGGUUGCAACGUGAAAUAUCUGCCAGAACAUGGACCUCUUUCUGAAUGGAAAAAAUUCCGAGAGAUUUUAGUACCAGUUUAA